AUGGCCCCCGGUGAGGCUUUCGUCGAAGCCUUUCAUGAUGCCUGCUUCGAUGGUGACUUGCUGAAGACUCAGGAGGCCCUCGACAAUGGACAGCUCAGUGCUGAGGACCUCAGCGAAGGACUCAAUCUCGCAACCGCUGAGGCUCACGCAGAUAUAGUGACUGCACUAUUUGAUGCUGGGGCUCGAAUGACAGCCGAUUCACCGAGUUUCCUUAUUGGUGACAAUGGCCGGCAACACCCGAGCAUCGUUCGUUACUAUCUCGACCAUGGUCUCGAUCCGAAUUGCAGCGUCUCUAAUGGCGAGCCACUUCUACGGUUCAUGAAAGACACUAAGUGUGCCGAAGAAUUGCUCUCACGGGGUGCCGACCCCAACCGUUGUGGUCCUAAGGGAGUCAGUCCACUUGCUUGUGCUCUUGGGAGCAUCAGUGAAGAAGAUACGGCUCUAUUUGAGGCCCUUCUUUCAAACGGGGCCAGGCUGGAAUCCACUCUUUUCUUCCAUGCUAUCCGACCGGGCGAGUCUCGGGGAGAGUUUAAGACAAAACUACUCCUCUCCAAGGGUCUUGAUCCUAAUACCUCAUCACCGGAGUGGGGUACCCCACUUCACCGUGCUGUUUAUUUGGCUAGGAGGAGCAUUGUCAAGGUCCUAUUAGAUGCAGGAGCCGACAAGACCGCGCGAUCUGAUUGCAGACAAUUCCAUAAUCAAAGCCCUGCCGAAGUAGCUGAGUGGACGAUUCAACGUUACCCUAACUCUCCUGAGUUGUGUUCCUCACUCGAAAAUAUUCUCGAGCUUCUUCAAUCCCACGAGCGCUAG